GAAAUGUGUCAUCAUCUGUGGUUUGGUUCGAAAAGUGGAGAGCUAGCUGUACAUGCCCUUUUUUUGCUGCAGAUUUACUUGAACAUUCCUAUUUCUCCAAGUCUGUUCUGCUUUAUAUUACUGCAAGCUGUGCUUGAAGACAAGAAAAGAAGUGGCUUGUUAAAAUAAGGUUAUAAUCAGAUUUUGACCAACCAUUUUGCAAGUCUGUUUAUUUGGGGAUGACAGCACAUCUGGCUGAAGACAAUCAACAGCGGGCCCAUUGUCCAUCCCGUGGUUACUGGCAUUAUCACGGACAUGAAACACACAGGUCAUUACCUGCAUCUUGCCUUUCUGAUGACAACAGUUUUUUCUUUGUCUUCUGGAACAAGAACAAACUAUACCCAUCUGGGGGCUAACAACACUACUGUCUGGGAUCCAGAUAUUCAAAAUAAGACAGGCAGAAACCAAAACGAAAACAGUAACACAAACUCUGCAACUCAAGUAGAUAAAAGGAGCAAUUCUACAAACAUGCCUGAAAUAGCAGCAUCGCCUCACAUCACAUCUUUUACCCCUAAAUCUGAACUGGAGCUUUAUACACCUUCGGUUGCUAGGAACAGUGCUCCGACAUUACAGAGCAUCGAAAACACAAGCAAAAGUCACAGAGAAAUUUUCAAAAAAGAAGCCUGUGAGGAAAACAACAACAAAAUGGCUAUGCUAGUUUGCUUAAUUAUAAUUGCAGUGCUUUUUCUUAUCUGCACCCUUCUAUUUCUAUCCACAGUGAUUCUGGCAAACAAACUCUCAUAUCUCAAACGAUCAAAACAAGUAGGCAAGCGCCAGCCUCGAAGCAAUGGCGAUUUUCUGGCAAGCAGCGGUCUAUGGCCUGCUGAAUCAGACACUUGGAACAGAGCAAAACAGCUCACAGGGCCCAACCUAAUGAUGCAAUCUGCUGGAGUGCUCACAGCUACAAGGGAAAAAAAAGAUGAAGAAGGAACUGGAAAACUCACUAACUAACAGAUGCUUUAGUGAAGAAAAAUGCAAAGUAGCAAU